GGAUUGGCGCGAAUUCUUUCAGUGCAGUACGGGUGAGGGGGAGCCUGCGAGUGUUCUGCAGCUUUGUGUAUCAUUUUAACUACAAGAUUCAAAAUAUGGACCUUCCGGAACCAGCUGUAGGAGCCACUGGCCAGCAAGUAAAAGAUGAGCUGGCAGAAAAGUGUCAGAAAUUAUUUCAAGCUUUUUUGGAAGAGUUUCAGAAUAGUGAUGGCGACAUCAAAUACUUGCAAGAUGCGGAGGAGCUGAUCCGCCCCGAGAGAAACACUUUGCUCGUCAGUUUCAGCGAUCUCGAGCAGUUUAACCAGGAGCUCUCAACCACCAUCCAGGAGGAGUUUUACAGAGUCUAUCCGUAUCUUUGUCGAUCUGUGAGGAACUUUGCACGUGACCAUGGAAAUAUUCCUGCUAAUAAGGAGUUUUAUGUUGCCAUCCAGGAUCUCCCAUCCAGACACAAAAUCCGAGAGUUAACGACUGCCCGAGUUGGCACUUUAGUUCGCAUCAGUGGCCAGGUGGUGCGAACUCACCCUGUGCAUCCAGAGUUAGUCAGUGGCACUUUCCUCUGCCUGGAUUGCCAGACUGUUCUUAAAGAUGUUGAGCAGCAGUUCAAAUACACCCAGCCCAACAUCUGCCGUAACCCAGUGUGCAACAACCGGAGGCGCUUCAUGCUGGAUACCAACAAGUCCCGAUUUGUUGAUUUUCAGAAGGUCCGAAUUCAGGAGACCCAAGCCGAAUUACCUCGUGGCAGCAUCCCUCGCAGCAUGGAGGUGAUUGUGCGAGCUGAAGCAGUUGAAUCAGCCCAGGCUGGAGACAAGUGUGAUUUUAUUGGCUGUCUGAUAGUUGUUCCAGAUGUUUCCCAGCUUACCACUCCAGGUGCACGGGCAGAAACGAGCUCUCGUGUCGCUGGCUCAGAAGGUUAUGAAAAUGAAGGAGUUCGGGGUUUGCGAGCUUUGGGUGUGAGGGAAUUGUCCUAUAAGUUAUCUUUCCUGGCAUGUUAUGUUGCUCCUACAAGCCCACGGUUUGGUGGCAAAGAGCUGAGAGAUGAAGAGCAGACAGCAGAGAGUAUUAAAAACCAAAUGUCUGUAAAGGAGUGGGAAAAGGUGUUUGAGAUGAGUCAGGAUAAGAAUCUCUACCACAACCUUUGCACCAGCCUUUUCCCCACCAUCCAUGGUAAUGAUGAGGUAAAGAGAGGCAUUUUACUGAUGCUUUUUGGAGGUGUUCCAAAAACAACUAUGGAAGGCACCUCUCUGCGAGGAGACAUUAACGUUUGCGUUGUGGGUGAUCCCAGCACGGCAAAGAGUCAGUUUCUUAAGCAUGUGGAGGAGUUCAGUCCCCGAGCUGUGUACACAAGUGGAAAAGCAUCAAGUGCUGCUGGUCUGACUGCUGCAGUUGUGAGAGACGAGGAGUCUCAUGAGUUUGUUAUUGAGGCCGGUGCCCUUAUGUUGGCUGACAAUGGUGUCUGCUGCAUUGAUGAGUUUGAUAAAAUGGACAUGAAGGAUCAAGUGGCUAUCCAUGAGGCCAUGGAACAACAGACUAUUUCCAUCACCAAAGCAGGUGUCAAGGCCACUCUGAAUGCACGAACGUCCAUCCUAGCAGCAGCCAAUCCUAUUGGUGGGCGAUACGACCGAUCCAAAUCACUGAAGCAGAAUGUCAAUCUGACAGCACCCAUCAUGUCCAGAUUUGAUCUUUUCUUCAUUCUUGUAGAUGAUUCUAAUGAGGUCACAGAUUACGCCAUAGCCAGACGUAUUGUGGAUCUCCAUUCAAGAAUUGAGGAAUCUAUUGACAGAAUGUACACACUAGAUGAAAUCCGCAGAUACUUGCUUUUUGCCAGACAAUUUAAACCCAGAAUAUCUAAAGAAUCUGAAGACUUCAUUGUUGAACAGUAUAAGCGUCUGCGACAGAGAGAUGGCUCUGGAGUUAGCAAAUCCUCAUGGAGGAUCACAGUCCGACAGCUGGAAAGCAUGAUUCGUCUGUCUGAGGCCAUGGCCAGGAUGCACUGCUGUGAUGAGGUACAACCAAAGCAUGUGAAAGAAGCUUUCCGUUUGCUCAACAAGUCCAUCAUCCGGGUGGAGACUCCAGAUGUGAACUUAGAUCAAGAAGACCAGGAGGAGGAAGAGAAUGAGGCAGAAGAGCAGCCUGUCGUUAAUGGCAUAAAUGGUCAUGCUGAUGUUCCAAAUGGCGAUAUUAAUGGACACCCUGAAAAGAUGACUGUGGAAACAGCAAAGCCAGCUCUCAGACUGUCCUUCUCGGAGUACCGCCGGAUUUCUAACCUCCUUGUUCUUCAUCUUAGGCAGGCAGAAGAAGAGGACGAUGAUUCAGUGUUGAGAAAAAGUGCACUUAUUAACUGGUAUCUGAAGGAAAUUGAGGCUGAAAUUGAUUCAGAGGAAGAGCUUAUUAACAAGAAGAAAAUUAUUGAAAAAGUGAUUCAUAGGCUUGUCCAUUACGAUCACAUUCUGAUUGAGCUGACCCAGAGUGGCUUGAAAGGCUCUUCAAAAGAAUCUGAAUGCAGUGUGGAGGCAGACCCAUUCCUGGUUGUAAAUCCAAAUUAUACCUUGGAAGAUUAAGGGAGGACUUCCUUCAGAUUUUCAUUCCUUGAAUGUUUAGUGACUUAUUGCUGACCACACAGCUGGACUUGUAAAGAUUUCUACGUUUAUAAAGGAGUGACAUUUUGGUGUUUGCGCAGCAGUUGACCGCUUUACUUUUUUUGCAUUUGUUGUAUUUUGAUGCAAGUAGAAAAGCUGGGUAUCAAUUGUUUCCUUGAAAAAGGAGACUACAUGCUGCCUGUGUUUCUUGCUUUGAUUUUUCUACAAAGCGUUCCUUAUCCGCAUAAUAAAGCAGUUUUCUAUCAUAUAGCAUAGUACUGUAGAAUAAAGUACCGUUUGUCAUAUAA